GUUAAAUUUUUGUAAACAAACGUCAGCGAUAGUGAGCAGCUUCCAUAGACAUUAAGGUAGUCUCUGGCAGCUUCUGAAGUUUUUUGAUAAUAUGCUAUAAAAUUAAUUAUCUUUAAACGAUAUAAGAUGGAAGAAGAUCAAAGAAGCAGAAAUAGAGGUUUACUGAAACAAUAUUAUGGCUUUAAUGAUGAUAAUAAAGAGGGAUUUGAUCCUUAUAAUAUAAAUGCUCCUGAGUUUAAUCCUGAUCUAUAUCUCCACAAAUUGCUGAAAGAAUGUAGUUUAAGCAGUUUGAUGCAAAAAGAGAAUCAAAUUUUUCGCCAAAUUCAGUCUUUGGAUAGUGAAAUGCAAACUCUAGUUUAUGAAAACUACAAUAAAUUCAUUAGUGCAACAGAUACCAUCAGAAAGAUGAAGAAUGAUUUUAAAAAAAUGGAAGAAGAAAUGGAUGGUUUAUCAUCAAAUAUGGAAGUUAUUACGGAGUUCAGUGGUAAUAUUUCAAGUACUUUGCAGGGACGAAGACAGCAAAUAACGAAAUUGUCAGGUAUUCAUUCCUUGCUGAAAAAAUUGCAGUUUUUGUUUGAGUUACCUCCUGGCCUAAAGAUGUGUAUUGAAAAUGGAGCUUAUGCGCAGGCUGUCAGGUAUUAUUUAAAAGCUCAAAAAGUACUUUUGCAAUAUAGUCAUAUGCCAUCGUUUUAUGGAAUUCAGAAAGACUGUGACAUACUUGUUAAUGAAUUGAAAAUAAAGUUAAGAGAGCAGUUUAAAUUUAAAGAUGCUUCUUCAAAACAAUUAGCUGAAUGUGUUGAUUUGCUUUUGCAGCUGAAUGAACCCACUGAAAUAUUGUGUGAUGAGUUUAUUAAGCAUGCUAAAGAAAAACUAGAUUGUGACCUGAUGGAAUUAAAACAUAGACUAGAGAAGCAAACUACUGAAUCAGACAAUAAGAAUACUAGUGGUGAAAAACACGAAUCAGAUGAAAGAAGUAUGGAUAUAUUAGAAUUUAUUGAUUUCAGCUACAAUAAUUUCGUUUGCAAUGUUUCAUUAGUUGUUGCAUCAUAUUGGGACUUGUUUCUAGGUAACUAUUCUGCUAACAUCGAGAAUAAAAAUACAUUGAAACAUUCAAUACCUCUUGAUAAAUUAGAAAUAUUUGUGAAAGACUUAAUGAAUCAGUAUUUUAACUUUAUUGAAAUCAGAUUUUCUCAAGAAAAUACUUGCAUAGACAGUGCUAUACUUGUGAGAGCGUUAGAUAGAUUUUAUAGAAGAGUUCAAGCAAUGAACAGGCUUCUUCCUCGUAUUGACUUUACAAUACAGGGGAUUAAAAUUGUUAAAAACGUUGCUAAAAAUCGUUGCAACUAUUAUUUAAUGAAGUUGAAGGAUUGUUUCUCAGCAGCUAUGACCAACAUGAGGCAAAGCAUAGUUGCUCCAAACAAUGCAGGGCACGACAAUACACUUACGUUUACCGAUAUUCUGAAUAAAUUUGAAAUGCAAAUAGCCUCUGCUAUCAAAACAGCCGAAUCAGAUCUACAGCUAUUCAUUUCACCAGAUGUAUCAUUUACAAUGAAAAUUCGUUUCAAAGAAGAAUUUAGUUGCAAUUAUGUUCGAGAGGGUGUUGUUGUGGCAUUUUUAAAACAUAUAAAUAAGACAUGUGAAGAGUUUUGUGACAGCAAUGAGAGAAGUACUGCUCCAGCUCAAUUACUGUUAUUGCUGUCUCGAUUUUGCCUUAAUUCUGAACAGUCGUCCAUUAGCGAUUUCAUUUCUUCCAUAGAUAGCACUUUUUCCAUUCUAACUCAAGAUGUUACAACAAACAUAAAUGAUUUGUCUGCUGAUACUAAAGAAGUUGCUCAAAAGCUUUUAAACCACUUUGUAAAGGUACAGGGUUUGAAUAUAUCUCAAAUGUUGCGUAAAAGCGUUGAGACCCGUGACUGGUUAAAUGCUAUUGAGCCAAGAAACGUAAGAGCUGUUAUGAAAAGAGUGGUGGAAGAUGUUACAUCAAUUGAUACAGAAGUUGGGCAGUUAUACGAAGAAGGGAUUCGCCACGAAAGGAGCAGUGAUUCUAGUCGAAGAACAUAUCCGAGCGUUGGAAGAUCUCUAAGAUCUAAAUAUAAUGCAUAUGCUCCAAGUACUGUUGAUAAUAGUUUGAUGAGUAACAUACAAAAAUUGUUUUCCGAAAAAAUUGAAAUUUUCAGUACCGUUGAAUUCUCUAAGGUUUCUAUCAUGACUGGUAUAAUUAAAAUUAGUUUAAAAACAUUUCUUGAAUGUGUGAGAUUGAGAACCUUCAGCAAAUUCGGUUUGCAACAAGUUCAAGUCGAUAUUCAUUAUUUACAACUGUAUUUAUGGCACUUUGUGGCUGAUGAAAAUUUAGUGCAUGUCUUGUUAGAUGAGAUAUUAAGCAGUACAAUCAAUCGAUGUUUAGAUCCUGUAUUAAUGGAACCUAGUGUGGUUGAAGUUAUCUGUGAAAGAGGUUAAUUAAUUCAAUAAAUUUUAUUUAUAUUGUAAGUGAGAAAAAUAUUUAAUAUAAUUUUAUAUUUGAUACAAUUUAUUAUCAAAAUAUUUAUUCCAGUGUUAGAAAAUUCACAAGAUCUAGAUAGAAUGCAAGCACUAUAAAUAAUAGUUUAAUGUAUAGCACACAAAAAGUGUUUUUUUCUUUAAAAAUAAAUAAAUAAAUAUUAAGUAUGGUUGAAUUCUCUCAAGUUUCUAUCAUGAAGGGUAUAAUAAGAGUUAGUUUAAAAAUAUUUGUUGAAUGUGUGAGAUUAAGAUAGACCUGAAAAUAAAAUUUCCACUCGUGGCAAGUCAACAAAAUAAAGUGGCGACUUAAAUUAAGUAAACAACCAGUAACUUUUUACCAUAUUUUUUUUUAAAAAUUGUUUAAUGAUAAAAGUGCAUUCUGCAGAGUACAUUCCAGAAAGAUUCUAAUAAACAGAAUUUUUAUUAAAAUGUCCAAUGUCUUCAUUCUAAGUUUUGAUCCUUCCACAUCCAUCAAUUUGUGAUAAAAAGAUUCAGAUGAAAGGAGAGUUCUUUACCAAUUCGCACACUUCAAAUACAUUAAGUGUAUUUUGCCUCCCCCAUUAUAAUAAGUUUUAUAAAUUCAAUAAUUUUAGCUUAAUUUUGUCACAUAUUUAUCUUAUUUUUAUUGACAGAUCAACUUUUUAUGGUGUAGAUUAUUUCGAAUAUGAUUUUUUUUAAAAAAAAUAUAAUUUAUUCCAAGCAAAAAAAAAGUUUGCCAAAUGUGGCUAGUCAGUGAAAGAGACGUAUCGAUAUUGGUCACAGAUUAUUUAGAUUUGAGGAAAAGGUGGUUACUAAGUUAUAAAAUUAGAGCCUACCAGCUACUUAUUAAAAAUUUUAAUUUUCAGGUCUAGAUUGAGAAUCAUCGGAAAAUUUGGUUGCUAGUUUGAGUUGAUAUUCAUUGUUUACAGUUGUAUUUAUGGGUCUUCGUUAUUGGUGAAAAUUUACUGCAAGUGUUGUUAAAUGAAUUAUUAGUACAAUCAAAAGGUAUCUAGAUCCUGUCUUAAUGAAACCUAAUAUUGAAGUUAUUUGUAAACAAGAUAAUUUAUAUUUAAUAUAAUAAAUUGAUAUUUAAUAUAUGUUUAAAUACUAUUUAACAAUGUUCAUAAAUUUUAUGGUUGUAUGAUUUUUUAUAUUGGAUGCAAAUAAAAAUUUUAUAGUUUUUUGUAAAACAUGUAUUCAUUUUCGUUAUAUUUAAAAAUGUUUUUGGGUAGAUAAAGUAUAAUAUUUAUAUACUUUCUAUAUUUGCCAGAAAUUAUAUGAUAUAUAAUUAUAAAAUUUAAUGAAGGCAAGAUAUAUAUUAAAUAUUUUUAAAUCCAAAAUUAUAUUGAAAAAUUGCAUAACUUUAUAUUAAAAACCCAGUUAUAUUUCUGAAAAAUAAUAGCAAAAUUUUAAGUCAGGAUAUAAUAUCUAUCAAUCUGUUUAAAAAAUCAUGCAAAAUUAUAUUACGAUGUUGUACCUAUUAUGUAUAUUUGUAAAAUUUGACCAAAGAGUUUUUUCUUAAUGGGUUGAUUAGAUUAAAAAGAACUAGGAAACAAGUUUGGUUUUUAUCUAAUUCAGGUUGAUUAUUUGUAAAAUUGAAAAAUAUAGGUUUUUCAAUUAGGCUUACAAUUUCAAUUUAAAACAUUAAUGGUUUAAAGGAGACAUUUGUAACUAAUUAAGUGAAUGUAAGGUUUUACAUGAUGCUAUUUUGGGUAUAAGUUGGGAGCCUAGCUUACAAUUGUAAAAUCAACCUCUUUCAGUAUGAAUUUUUUUUCAAAUUAUUGUCUUUUAAUAAGAUUUAUGUUAACGAUACAUAGGAUGUCUAUUUAAAAUUGCAUUGAAUAUGCUUCUGAUCAUUUGUAAUUUAGAGAUAAAAAUAUUUUGUAUUUUUCAUAAAAUUUUAUUAUGUUUGACAUUGUUGAAAAAAUUGUUUGAAUUAUAUUUUUUAAAGAAAUUAUUUUUUUUAUUAAAAUGUAUAUAAAUUAUACAGUUUUGAUUAUUUAAUAAUCUAAAUAUUAAUUGACAUUCUGAAAGCUAUUAAAAUAUUUUGUCUAUUGUCUCCCAUUAUUCUUUGUUAUUUUGAUUGCCAUACUUGGAGAAAUAAAAAUGGGAAUAAAAAUCAUAUUUUACAAUGUGCUUGUAACUUAUGUGUGAAAUAAAUCAUUAGUAAAAAAAUUAAAAA